GUGACUUUUGAACAGGAAGUGUCUGACUGAAAGUCUCCUCCAGUCUUCUCUGCAGCAGAAGUCAUUUAAAGUCAUUUACAGGAGUCAUUUAAAGCUCGUGGCGUGUCUGUGUGGUCCUUGUGAAAAUGUCCGCGGUGAUUCCUCGUGUCGAGCAGCUGUCAUCGAGAGUGGUCCGUGUUUUGGGCUGUAACCCGGGGCCCAUGACACUGCAGGGCACCAACACAUAUCUGGUCGGGACAGGCAGAAGGCGAGUGUUAAUUGAUGCAGGCGAGCGCGCGGUACCGGAGUAUAUUGUCAGUCUGCGCGAGGCUCUAAAGCAGCAUGACACGUCCAUACAGCACAUUAUAGUCACACACUGGCAUCACGACCACACUGGAGGAGUGCAGGAUAUACUCUCAAACUUUCACACAGAUUCAGAGCUGAGGGUCAGUAAACUCCCUAGGUGCCCUCCACAGGAAGAAGUGAUUGGAGACCUGAAGAAGAAAUAUUCCUAUCUUAGUGAUGGUGAUGUGAUAAAGACUGAGGGGGCAACAUUACGGGUGCUGUUUACUCCCGGACACACAGAUGAUCACAUGGCAUUAUUGCUGGAGGAGGAGCAAGCUGUGUUUUCAGGUGACUGUAUUCUUGGAGAGGGGACGGCCGUGUUUGAGGACCUCCAUGAUUACAUGAAGUCACUGCAGAAGCUCCUAAACAUGAAGGCUGACCUCAUAUAUCCAGGUCAUGGUCCAGUGGUCCAAGAUGCAUGUUCUAAGAUCUGUGAGUACAUAACUCAUCGCAACGCAAGAGAACAGCAGAUCCUAAACGUUCUGCAGGAGAACAGCGGAAAUGCAUUCACCUCCGGCGAUCUGGUUAAAGUGGUGUACAAGGAGACCCCUGAACACCUGCACAGAGCAGCAGAGUUUAACUUGCUGCACCAUUUAAAGAAACUCCACAAGGAAGGAAAGAUCUGCCUGGCUGAAGGCUCAAAUGACAAGAAGUGGAAGAGCAAUCUGUGACACUUUUUACCCAGGACACUCAUCUCUCACAGUAACUAAUAAAAGGUUCCCAGUAAGAUCGACUUAAGGGGACACUGGGUGUUUAAAUGUUGAACUUCUGUGAAAACCUGCUCUGAUAAGAGGCUAUUAAAAUGAGAAAAUAUGUACAAGGUAAUGACCCUUGUAAUCCUGUGAAAUGUUAUUGUUGUUUUGGACAUAUACUACCAUCUGAUGAAUGUAGCAUCACAUGAAAACAGUAGCAAAAAUAAUUUUUCCAUGAGAGACUGCGUACAAUAACAUGCAAGUAAAAUAAAGCCACCUUUAUGAGGCUAAUGAUAUAACUGGAAUUAUGUUAUUUCUAUUACUGUAAUUAUUUAAUGAGAUACAAAUAUAAAGUGCCUUUAAUUUGUAACAUUUAAUUAUUUUAAAUGUUGUACAUCCCUAAAAAUGUAGUUGUUUAAAUAAUUUCAUUGAUUAAUUAUGUUAUGCUAAAUCGCAAAUAAAUGAUUGUUUACGGAU